ACUCUGCCCAUCGGACAGAGCUAAGCCACGCCCCAGUGAUGUCCCAGAGAAAAGAAAAAGAGAAAGAAAGAGAGAGGGGGAAAAAGAGAGCAUCUCGGCGUACGGCCAGUUCAGGAAGUGCCAAAGUUCAGCUACGUAAGUGCACCAAUGAUCCACAGCACCUGGGGGCGCCAUCCGACCCCCAACCCCUCAGCACCUCCAAAUCCGAUCUCGAAGCAAAAGAAGGAGAGGUGCUGGAUGCUGUGUCGCUACUGGGUCGAGCCAGUCACCUGGAGUCAGUUACACGAUCCAGGAACAGUUUACCCUGUCCAAUCAGCAUCACCGACACAUGACCCAGCCAGGGCGUCGGUAAACGAGGACAGCGUGACGUUUAGGAGAGAGCGCAGCACGUUUCGGCGCCAGGCUGUACGGAGGCGCCACAACGCCGGGAGCAACACCCCCUCAAUUAUAGCAUCGCCACUCAGUCUUCAGGAAGCACUCAGUCAGGUGUCUCAGGCUUCCUCGGGGUCACAAGUCAAAGGUCAGAUGAGCACUAGCGCCUCCCUGCUGGUCAGGAAUGGGAGUGCACACCUUGAGGCUUUUCAGGAUAAAGCGUCCACUGUUGGCCUGCAUGAAGACUUCGGUAAACUGACUCCCUCUUUGUAUGAGGUCGGAGGAUGCGACGUGUCUCUCGUUAACUUUGAACCUGCGACAAGACGAGCAUCCAACAACGUGUGGGACACAGAUUCUCACCUCUCCAGUUCUACCUCUGUUCGUUUUUACCCUCAUGACUUGAUCCGUCUUAAUCGUCUGCUGUCAAUGGACACAGAGUUGUUGGAGCAGGACGGUGAUAUAAAUUCUGACCUGCAGGAGGCCCCGCACAGUUCACAUGAGCCGACGCAUAAACACACUCGCACACACACACACACCAACACACACACGGCCAAGCAGUACUAUCGCUUCUCCCUGCUGCCGUAUCUGUGGGUGGGUCUGCGCUUUGACAGACUCACACUGCUCGCACUGUUUGACAGGAACCGUGAGAUUCUAGAGAAUGUUCUGGCCGUGGUUUUGGCGGUGCUGGUGGCGUUCCUGGGAUCGGUUCUGCUCAUUCACGGCUUUUUCACCGACAUCUGGGUCUUUCAGUUCUGCCUCGUCAUUGCCAGCUGCCAGUACUCACUUUUAAAGAGUGUUCAACCGGACUCAUCCUCUCCUCGACAUGGCCACAACCGGAUCAUAGCGUACAGCAGGCCGGUGUAUUUCUGUGUGUGUUGUGUUCUGAUCUGUGUGUUCCACUAUGGCAGUGUGAGCUCCAGUUCAAACACACACACACUGUACGGAGUCACACUCAGCUCAUCAAUGCUGCUCAGAUCCACACGUGACCUUGUCAUCGUCUUCAUCCUGUGUUUUCCUGUCAUCUUCUUCGCUGGUCUCCUCCCUCAGGUCAACACGUUCCUGAUGUACCUGCUCGAGCAGAUCGACAUCCACAUGUUUGGAGGGAACGCAUGUACCAGUCUUCCCUCAUCCAUAUACAGUGUGGUGAGGAGUGUGGUUACUGUGGUGAUGCUGUACGGAUUUUGCUAUGGAUCCCUGCAGGAACCGUGGGACCCUCAGCAUAUUCCAGUGCUGUUCUCCGUGUUUUGCGGGCUGCUCGUUGCUGUAUCCUAUCAUCUCAGUCGCCAGAGCAGCGACCCCACCGUCCUCUUCUCUCUGGUUCAGGCGAAAGUUCUUCCGAGUGUGUCGAAGAAUCAAAACCCGGAGGAUCCUCUUUCUGAUGUGCAGGACCCUCUACCUGAGAAACUUAAAAACUCUGUGAACGAGAGGCUGCAGUCUGAUGUGAUCAUGUGUGUUCUCUUCGCUGUGCUCUACUUCGCCAUUCACGUCAGCACCGUCUUUCUCGCCCUGCAGCCGUUCCUGAGUUAUGUGCUGUACGUGUUGGUUGGUGCUGUGGGCUUUUUCACACACUAUCUUCUGCCCCAGAUGAGGAAACAGCUGCCCUGGUACUGUUUUUCCCACCCGCUGCUGAAAACCAGAGAGUAUUACCAGUUCGAGGUUCAUGGUGCGGCUCAUGUGAUGUGGUUUGAGUGGCUCCAUCUGUGGCUGAUCUUUGUGGAAAAGAACGUUCUUUAUCCUCUCGUCAUCCUUAAUGAACUCAGCAGAAGCGCGCAGGAACUCGCCAGCUCCAAGAAACUCACCACAGAAGUGGGAGCAGUAGUGCUGAGCAUAUCAGGGUUGAAGUUGUUGCGUUCCUGUUUCAGUAGUCCGGCUUCUCAGUACGUCACUGUGCUCUUCACCGUCCUCUUCUUCACCUUUGACUAUCAACACCUGUCUGAAACACCGCUACUCAACCUCUUCAUUGUGUCCAUCAUCUUCAGCAAGCUGUGGGAGCUGCUGAAUAAGCUACGCUUUGUUUACACCUACAUCGCUCCGUGGCAGAUUACCUGGGGUUCAGCCUUCCACGCCUUUGCGCAGCCCUUUGCUGUACCACAUUCAGCCAUGUUGUUUGUGCAGGCAGUGGUGUCAGCCGUGUUCUCCACUCCUCUCAACCCGUUUUUGGGCAGUGCCAUCUUUAUCACGUCUUAUGUCCGACCUGUUAAAUUCUGGGAGAGAGAUUACAACACAAAGCGAGUGGAUCACUCAAACACCAGACUGGCAUCUCAAUUAGACAGGAACCCAGGUUCAGAUGAUAACAACCUGAACUCAAUCUUUUACGAGCACCUGACCCGUUCUUUGCAGCACUCUUUGUGUGGGGAUCUGCUGCUGGGCCGCUGGGGAACCUUCAGCACCGGAGACUGUUUCAUCAUGGCCUCUGAUUACCUCAAUGCACUCGUUCACCUCAUCGAGAUCGGCAAUGGCCUUGUCACCUUUCAGCUCCGCGGCCUUGAGUUCAGAGGUACAUACUGCCAGCAGAGGGAGGUGGAGGCCAUUACAGAGGGUGUGGAGGAGGACGAGGGCUGCUGCUGCUGUGAUGUAGGUCACCUGCCCCACCUGCUGUCCUUUAACGCUGCAUUUGUUCAGCGCUGGUUGGCCUGGGAAGUCCUACUGUCCAAGUACACCUUACAGAGUUACAGCAUCACGGAGAACAGCGCAGGAGCCAUGCUGCAGGUCUACGAGCUCCGCCAGAUCCUUACUACCUACUACGUCAAGGGAAUCAUUUAUUACGUGGUUGCAUCUCCUAAGCUGGAGGAGUGGCUCUCCAAUGAUGCCAUGAUGGAAGGUCUGAAGAACUGCAGUGAGAGGAACUAUGUUGACCUUGACCCAACCUUUAACCCCAACAUUGACGAGGAUUACGACCACAGACUGGCUGGAAUCUCUAGAGAUAGUUUUUGUUCUGUUUAUCUCAGCUGGAUUCAGUAUUGUAACUCUCAGAGACAAAAGCCACUGGAGAGUGAGAAAGACUCUACUUUGGUGUCAUUGUGUUUUGGGCUGUGUGUGUUGGGGAGGAGAGCGCUCGGCACUGCAGCUCAUCACAUGUCCAGUAAUCUGGAGUCCUUCCUCUAUGGCCUUCACGCCCUUUUUAAAGGAGAUUUCCGGAUCUCGUCUGUGCGAGACGAGUGGAUAUUUGCCGACAUGGAGCUGCUCAGGAGAGUCGUCGUCCCUGGAAUACGCAUUUCCCUCAAACUGCAUCAGGAUCACUUCACGUCUCCAGAUGAGUAUGACGAGCCGGCGGUUCUGUACGAGGCAAUCACGUCUCACGAGCGGACGCUGGUCAUAGCGCACGAGGGUGACCCGGCGUGGCGUAGCGCUGUGCUGUCCAACGCGCCAUCGCUCCUGUCGCUACGCCACGUUCUCAACGAGGGAACCAACGAGUACAAGAUCAUCACGCUGAACCGCAGAUACCUCAGCUUCAGAGUCAUCAAGGUGAAUCAGGAGUGUGUGCGUGGCCUGUGGGCGGGGCAGCAGCAGGAGCUGGUGUUCUUGCGGAACAGAAACCCAGAGCGCGGAAGCAUCCAGAACGCCAAGCAGGCGCUAAGGAAUAUGAUCAACUCGUCAUGUGACCAGCCGAUCGGUUAUCCCAUCUACGUCUCCCCCCUGACCACCUCCUACUGCAACACACACACACAGCUCACACAUACUCUUGGCGGAGCCAUCAGCAUUGCCAGCAUUCGGAACUUCAUCAUCAACACGUGGCACAGGUUGCGUAAAGGCUGUGGAGCAGGGUGUAACAGCGGAGGCAAUGUGGAGGAGUGUGACAUCGGAAACUCUGGGAAUAUAAACGACACACACCAUAGAGUGACCAGCAUUCACCAUACUCCCACUCCACAUUCACUGGGCACCAGUCAGAGUUCUCAAUCUGUGCGCUCCUCUCUGGUGCGUCACUCUCCCACCCGUUCUUCUGUAGCGAGCCAGUCGUCAUCGCUCCGUUACAACAGCAACGCCGACCCGACUCUGUGCAAGCGACACACACUCACUCACACACACACACUCGCUGGCCUGCUCGACCAUCAUCAUCAUCACCAACAGCCCAGGAGAGAGGAUAUCUCCUACAGAGUACAGAUAGUGGAUGUAAAUCAGGUGUUGGAUGUAAUCAAUCUGUCGAAGCGUAAGGAACUGCUGUGGCCUGAUGAGUCAAUGAGGUUAAGGGCGGGGCCGAACUGCUGGAGAGACUGGGGCCCCCUGGAGGGCAUGGAGGGACAUGUGAUUCACCGGUGGAUGCCUUGCAGUCGUGACCCUCUCACUUGCUCCCCUAUUGAGAAAUCCAUCCUGCUGGUUCAGGUGGAGGAUAAACUGGUUCCCAUUAUAGAGACCGGGGUGAUCGAACUGGGAGCAGAAGUGUAAAAACACACACACACACACACACACACACACACACACACACACACACACACACA